CGUCGUCGUCGUCGGCGGCACAGUCGCCGUCGCCUACUAGGGGUUAGAAAAAAAAAAACGCUUGACUUUUAUUUUGAUUCAAAUCCGAACGACGAUUUUCAGUAUGCACUUAGCCUGUCUUCGGUAAAGACAACGUUCUAGCGAUUGCUCGCACGUGCGCGCGUGAAAAAGUUAAAAAAAAAACUUGAACGCACCUUUGGAGGAUCGCUCGGUGUUACUUCCGCUAGUAGCUACGUUUUUAAAAGUGUACUUUCUCAACAAAGUGUUAUUUAUUCUAACCUGAAUCUUCUGUGCGCAGGCGCAUCUUCAGACCACCAAAGACCGAUAUCAACCUAUGCAGUGAGCGUCACAUUAGUAGGAAGCUGCCAAAUUACUAGAACACAAUGCAGGCAGAGAAAAUAAGUGAACCCAGUGGUGUUUUCGACCGAGUGGCACAGUUUUUCAUAGAGAAUCAAGAUGAGCGGACGUCGGACUGGUUUCUGUCCGGUUCGAUGACCCCGCUGCUCGUGAUUGUUGUGACGUACCUGUACUUCUGUCUGUACGCCGGUCCCCGGUACAUGGCCAAGCGGAAACCCUUCAAACUGGAAAAUGUCCUGAUUGCGUACAACGCACUGCAGGUGGUGCUCAGUGUAGUGCUGGUGUAUGAGGGUAUCAAAGGUGGCUGGGAUGGAACGUACGACUUCAAGUGUCAACCCGUGGAUUACUCGAGGCACCCAACGGCAAUGCGGAUGGCCCGAGCCGUCUGGCUCUACUAUAUCUGCAAAGUGAUCGAACUGCUGGACACGGUGUUCUUCGUGUUACGCAAGAAGCAGAACCAGGUCUCGUUCCUGCACGUCUACCACCACACCCUGAUGCCGAUCUGCGGCUUCAUCGGAGUCAAAUACUUCGCCGGAGGCCAUGGCACACUGCUGGGGGUUAUCAACUCGUUCAUCCACGUGUGCAUGUACGCCUACUACAUGCUGGCUGCGAUGGGACCCAAAGUACAGCAGUACCUCUGGUGGAAACGCUACCUUACUGUGAUGCAGAUUAUCCAGUUCAUAAUCGUGUUCUAUCACACCGCGCAAGUGCAGUUCCAACCUACCUGCGGUUAUCCGAAAUCGAUUGCCGCCCUGCUUACCCUGAAUGCCGCACUGUUCAUAUACAUGUUCAGCACUUUCUACGUUAGGAGUUAUCUGCGGAAGUCGGACAGGAAGACGGCUGCCGUAGCCGCCGCAGCAGAAGUCAACAACAACCGAGCGGAUUGUAAGCCAAAAGAAGUGCCAGAAGUGGACGAUAGCCGACAACAGCAGCAGCAGCGAGUGGCAGCGGUUGGUGGUGAUGCGAAGAAGGAGCUGUAAGCUUUCACAUGACGAUCGCUAGCGUGAUGUUGGUUUGGAUGGUGCUGUCACCAGUGGAGGUGACUACCAAACGAUGAAAACUUGCGCUGGGAUCUCUGUGAUUGUUUUAAGCUUCUGUUCAGCUUCCUUGUUCAUUGCCGACUCUUUUUUUAACUGUACAUUUUAGGAGACGCUGAAUCUUAGGCUAUUGAAUAUAUUUAGUUAUGAAAUACA